AAAAAAAAUAAAAAUAGGCCCUGGUCCAAGAUGGCGGAUGAGGCCACGCGACGUGUUGUGUCUGAGAUCCCGGUGCUGAAGACUAACGCCGGACCCCGAGAUCGGGAGUUGUGGGUGCAGCGACUGAAGGAGGAAUAUCAGUCCCUUAUCCGGUAUGUGGAGAACAACAAGAAUGCUGACAACGAUUGGUUCCGACUGGAGUCCAACAAGGAAGGGACUCGGUGGUUUGGAAAAUGCUGGUAUAUCCAUGACCUCCUGAAAUAUGAGUUUGACAUCGAGUUUGACAUUCCUAUCACAUAUCCUACUACUGCCCCAGAAAUUGCAGUUCCUGAGCUGGAUGGAAAGACAGCAAAGAUGUACAGGGGUGGCAAAAUAUGCCUGACGGAUCAUUUCAAACCUUUGUGGGCCAGGAAUGUGCCCAAAUUUGGACUAGCUCAUCUCAUGGCUCUGGGGCUGGGUCCAUGGCUGGCAGUAGAAAUCCCUGAUCUGAUUCAGAAGGGCGUCAUCCAACACAAAGAGAAAUGCAACCAAUGAAGAAUCAAGCCACUGAGGCAGGGCAGAGGGCCCUUUGAUAGGCUACGAUACUGUUUUCCUGUGCAUCACACUUAUCUAACUGCUUCCCCGGACACCCUCCACCUCUAGUUGUUACUAAGUAGCUGCAGCAGUCAUUGCUGGGGGAGAAACAAACAAACACCAACCAGUAUUGCUACUUAGUUUCUAAGGCUGCACAGCGAAGGGAAAGACUGGGCUUUGGACAAUCUAGAGGUAAUUUAUAUCCGCCCCCAGGUGGAGCAUCAUGCAAUCCUGGAGGCAUGGGGGUAACUGAAAGUGAGUACAUAAAGUCUUUCUGGUUUCUGGAGAUAACCCAUCAAUAAAAGCUGCUUCCUCUGGUAAAAA